GUCCAUUCCGAGGAUCGUGAAGAGCUGCAACGGCAGCUACUGUGGAACUCCUUCCUGCCCGCCGAUAUGUCCACCAUUCAGUUGGCCGAUACGUUAGCGCCCGAUAAGGCGCUCUAUUUGGAGCGUAGCUUUACAGUGCGAUUUCGCUGCCUGCUCGACAAUACUUCCGGUUUUCUGCGAUUGGACAUACGUGGACGUAUCAAAAUUCUGCAUGGCCAAAAUCGAAAGACAGAAGAACCUCCGCUGGCGCUAUUUGCCUACUGCACACCAUUCGGACCGCCAAGUCUGCUCGAGAUACCACACAAGGAGAAUAUGUUCAAGUCCAAGCAUAAAUUGGAUUUUUCGCUUGUCUCCAUGGAUCAACGCGGCAAGCACGUUUUGGGUUACUCAGAUGCGGAACUAGUCAAUAUGGGCGGCUAUGAUUUGGUGCAUUACGAUGAUCUGGCUUAUGUGGCUAGUGCGCAUCAGGAAUUACUAAAAACAGGCGCUUCCGGCAUGAUUGCAUAUCGUUAUCAAAAGAAGAGUGGUGAAUGGCAAUGGCUGCAAACGAG